AUUACGGAAAUGAUGCACUCAGUUCGACGCUUAUUUUUUCCAACAAGAUAGACACAUAAAACGGGAGAGAAGUUAGACAAUGGUUACUCAACGCCAAAAAAGCAUUCUCUCCGCACUCGUCUUUGUAAUUGUCUCCAUUGUUAUUGCUAUUGGAAAAACUCAGGAGCUCCUGAGCAUGCCGAGUCCUUUAGCGAGUACGCUUGGAAUCCUUUCUAUUGGUGGAAUGACGCUCCUUUGGCGAGACAUCAGCUCCAAAAUUAAAGGACAAAACCGAACAUUAAGUAGUUUUCUCAGCCAGUAUUUUGCAGUGAAGUUCGUUGGUUGGCUUGGAAAGCGGCAAAGAAGUAAACUAGAAGCCGACACACUGAAUGUACGGCAAGUCCAAGAGGAAACUCUACUGAAGCGCUUGCGUAAGAACGCGCAGACAUAUUAUGGAAAGCAGUAUGAUUUCAGUUCAAUCAAAGAUUGUGAAACGUUUUGCUUGCGGCAUCCUGUAACGACCUACGAGCACUACAGAGAGCUGAUAAAACGCAUCGCCCUGGGUGAGGACAAGGUCAUCAUUGCUGAUAAACCUCUGAUUCUUGCCUUGACCUCCGGUACAUCAGGAGCCAGUGCCAUGCUACUGAGCACGAAGGACACCAACACUGAGUUCUUCUUACAGGGUGUGGCAGUCUGUCUGGAUGCCGUGCGGGGGGCCUUCCCUGCCAGCGAGAGCCUCCAGCGCACCACAAAGCUCUUUUACACACCAACGUUUCGUCAGUCAGAGGCAGGGAUACCCAUCGGACCUAACUCCUCCACCCCAGCCUCCUCACGUCACAUGCUCAACCUCUACACCACCCCAGCACCUGCCUUUCAAGUGCCCAGUGAGAAAGACACCCUUUACUUGCAUCUUCUGUUUGCCCUCAAAGACCCAAGUGUGGGCACUCUUGAGUCAAACUUUGCCUCUACAGUCUUCUACGCCUUCAGUGCCCUGCAGGAUUGCUGGCAGGAGUUGGUGGAGGACAUUGAGCUGGGUCAUAUCAGCCAGAAGUUGGCCCUGGAAUCUGCUGUGCGAACCAGCCUGGAGAGUCUGAUGAAACCAGACCCAGGGAGGGCGUCCGAGCUCCGGGCCCAGUUCCAUCAAGGGUUUCUGGGCAUUGCCAAGCGCCUCUGGCCCCAGCUUAACCUGGUCUUGACUGUGGACUCAGGCUCCAACCAGAUCUAUGGAGAGAUGCUGAGAGAUCACUACUGUCAGGGAGUGCCAUUCUACUCACCCUUCUAUGCUGCCACUGAGGGUCUCAUCGGGGUGAACCUGUGGCCUGAGGAACAGCACAGGCGUUAUCUGCUGUGUCCUCGCUCAAUGUUCUGUGAGUUCUUGCCUGAAGCCAACCUGGACCAGGAACAGCCCAAAACACUCCUUAUGGACCAGGUGGAGGAGGGACACAACUAUGAGUUGGUCAUCACCAAUGCUUCGGGUCUCUUUAGAUAUCGUAUCGGAGACAUUGUGAAAGUGGUUGGGUUCCACAACCAGUGUCCUGUUGUGGAAUUUCAAUACAGACGCGGUCAGAUGCUGAGCGUACGAGGGGAGAAGAUAUCGGAGGCCGUGUUUUUGGGCGCUCUAAAGAAAGCCGUGGAACAGUGGCCCGGAGCGAAGCUGCUCGACUACAGCUGUGCUGAGAGCGGCCUUCUGGGUGACUCAUCCGGAGGCUCAGACCCUCACUAUCAGGUCUUUGUAGAGCUGAAGGGAGUCAGGAACAUUUCAGAGGAGCAGCGUUACAAGUUGGACCAGUGUCUGCAGGAGGACUCUGCUGUCUACAAGUCGUUCCGCCUCAAGGGUAGCAUCGGUCCAAUGAGGGUACACCUGGUGGCUGGGGGGGCUUUCAAUGAGCUACGCAAACAGAUGAUGUCCUUCUCCAACACCUCACCAAACACCUUCAAAAUGCAUCGUCUGCUGCGCAGGAAAGAGUAUGCUGACUUCUUGUUGGGGAAAACCGUUUCCUGAAUGUUUGUUAAAAGGCUGUGAGGGAAUUUGAUUGGACUGAAGACUUUGUCCACCAGGCAACGUAGACAUUGCUUGUGGUAAUGGAACAGGCCUGUCAUUUAUAAUACUCAGUGUGAUCAAAACUGAUUUAAUUUAUCAACCUUUUCUUUUCAUUUUAACAGUAUUUCCCUGUUUUAAUGCAGAGAAAGGUUCAUUGCACUGCAGUCUUUCUUCAGGAAUUUAAUUUCCAUGACAAUAAAGAAGACAAAAUUAUACAU